UAAUCUGUAAUCGGUAUUCGACUAUUCGUUACUCGCGAUGGCGGAAGUCGGAAUUCACAUGAAAAUAUUUUCAUCUAUUAUUUAUUUUUAACUGUUCAAAAUAUUGUGCGAUUAUUUUCGUAUAGAUAAUUUUGUGAUCCUUUUGAUUUUUCACUUAUAAAAUAAACAUGGCUAACGGGGGUGAAGAACAUUCUGUGUCGGUGGACAAAGCGAAUAAAUUUAUUGAAAAUUUAUCGAAAGAGUUACAAGAAUUAUAUUCUUAUCGUGAUAUGUUCUUUGAGAACCAUCCCAUAGAAAUGGCAAAAAAUAAGCAUAAAUAUGUGGAAGAGAAAAAGGACAAAUUAGUAGAAAAAUUUGAAAGUGUUGAUGUGGACACUGAAAUUCCAUUUUCGCUUAGAGCCCAAUUUCAAUAUCUAAAAGGAAGAUGUUAUAAUGUGAGUAUUAAAUAUGAUGCAAGAGCUACGCAGUCUUUGAGUAAAGCUGUUAAAUUAAACCCUCAUAUGGUUGAAGCAUGGAAUGAACUUGGGGAGUGCUAUUGGAAAAAUAUUAAUGUUAAAGAGGCCAGAGCUUGCUUUGAAGGUGCCUUGAAACAUGAAAGAAACAGAAUAACGCUCCGUUGCCUCUCCAUAAUACUACGGCAAGAAGCUGGUGCAAAGAAAGAUGGUGAAGCUACACAAAUGAUACUAAAAAGUGUUGAAUAUGCUAAAGAAGCCGUUUCACAAGAUACUGCAGAUGGUCAGUCAUGGAUAAUUUUGGGCAAUUCCUACCUUUGCCAAUAUUUCACAGUGUCACAAGAUCCGGCAAUUUUAAAGCAAUGCAUGAGUGCAUACAAACAGGCCUACACAGACCUAAUUGCAAGAGGCCAACCCGAUUUGUACUAUAAUAAGGCUAUUGCAUUAAAGUACGAAGAGAAAUACAGUGAGGCCCUAGACACUUUCAACAGGGCGUGUGACCUCGACCCUCUAUGGAUGCCACCGGAUCGCGAACGCACAAAAUUACGACAGUUUUUGGCAAGUGCCGUUGAUUUACUGCGCACGCGUGGGAAGAUUAAAUGCAAACGCCUUGCUAAUAUGCUGCAAUCUGUGGACAAAAAGAUGUUAGGGGACUACUUGCCUGACCGAUUUGUGACCCUUGGAGCGAGGCGAGAUGUUAACCUCGAGUUGGUAAGAAUAAAUACGCUACAAGAAGGUCCCAAUGAGAACAAAGUGAUAUUAGGACGCGUGGUCGGCUCCAUACAUAGCGAAAAUGCCGUGCCCUUCGCGUUUGCCAUUAUAGAUGACAGUAUGAAGUGUGUGUUAGUAACGGCAUACAACUGGGCGGCUGGCAGGGGCACCCUCAUUGGGGACUGGGUUGCCAUCCCGGAGCCGCAUUUGAAAUCUCAUAAUGUUGUCACACCGGAAAUGAAAUACGUUUUUCAGUCGAUUCGUGUAAAUAAUCCAAUGAAAUUAUUCGUCAAUGGUCGUCGCGUUGAACGUGCGCAAAUUGCGGGCACGCGCGUCUCCAGUACGUACGAGAUGCACUGACGACUAUCUGCUUUCUUCUCGCAAGCCCGAUUGACGUAGGUGCGAGAGAGAUAGCUAUACUGAAUACUUUGAAUUAGCCGUUUUCAAAGUGGACUGAUUAGGUUUGAACCUGUACCAGAACUUUACAAAAUUAUGACAUUUUUGAGAUUGUCUGUCUUUAGUAAAGAGUUAUGCUGGUGUUGUGACGGUAAACGAAUGAAAUUAUAUAAUAUUGGGAAAUUAUACAUAUGAGUAAGGCGAAAAUAUGGACAUUUUAAUUAACAAAAGACUAUUACAGUAUAAUUUAGUUUACAACACACACAAGUGUCGUCUUGCGCCUUUGCUCAUGUUUACCUGUGUAAAUGUGUCAAACUUGUGUAAAAUGCUUUGACAGCACUAAUUAGAUAAGAGUUUUAUGUUCUUUAAUGUGCGAAAUAACCAUCUUUUCUAAAAUAUAACGAAUCAACAUUAAUUGAAGUAAUUUAUUAUUAAGAAAAAGUACUUCAAGUAGAGGUACCUAUUAUAAAAUAAGCCUUUAGAAAAAUAUUGCAAUAUCUGUGGAUUGAUGUUUUUCUACACAAACCCGUAGUAAUAUAUUGAUGUUAGGUAGCGUUUGAAAUGUGUCAAAACUUAAAGUAUUUACGGGAUUAAACACUUUAAUGCAAUAUUAGUGCAUUACCAACAAAGCAAGAUUGAUACAACAUUACUUUAAACUUGCAAAAUAUAUCUUAAAUUUUAUCAGAGGGAAUAUAUGAUCUGAAAAAGAAUUAUUAGAUUUUCUAGUAAAUUGUGUAUUUUGAUUCUAUCGGUGGUGCUAUGCGAAUUGAGACAGGUUUUUUGUAUUGGACGGGCGAUGGAAUCGCAAUUGUCAUUAGGUGUAUGUAGGAAAUAUUCGAUGAAUUGGUUGAAAAAUCUUUAUCCUUUGUGAUCGUAGCUUUUUAUUUUUCGCUUUGGGAGCGUUUAAGUAUUCCGUGACGCAAUUUGAAAUUUUCGACCCCUCCCCCUCCUUUUUUUACUUGGGGAUAUGCAUUGCGCAUACCCUUUCCGCGACUGCCUGGUGGGAAAGGAUUAUGUGGGACUCGCUAUUGUACAUACCCACUAAAACCCCAAGAUGCCACCAACAAUCGCCUUAUGCGCAGACUUCACAGACCGGGCUGCUUUUACAAAUAGCUAGGGGAGAUCGGGUUCAGUAGUUGCAGGGAUGGGUCAUCAUCCCUUUUAAACGCAUGGACCCCUGCUCCCCGCUUGGGCACUUUUAUGGUGGCGAUUGACGGGCCUGCGGUUUCGUUCGCCGUCGCGGAUGGGAAUCGGGACAAAGCUCCCUGGUCCUUUCCACCUCUUUUAUUUUCAAGACCGCCUCGCAGAUAUUGUAAAAAAAUUCAUAAUUUCCGUCAUUUCCCGCGCUGAAUAAAGCUUUAACUUUGGUAGUCUUGCGUCCUCGCCCUGGAGUGCAUCCAGCAACGGUCCCCUUUCCACCUCCCAUUCUGGGCAGUCCCUCAGUGUAUGCAGGGCUUCACCCCGGCUGUCUCCGACACAGUGGUGGCUCCUCACAUCCUACUACUCUGUACUACUCCCGAAACAUCCGUGUCUGGACAGCAUCUGCACAAGACGAUAGCUGGGCUGGCCGUAGCGCCAAAUGUUGAAGAAGAGGUCUGAGGACUUCGAUAGUAUAUUUGACACUCGCACCCGCCGGCUUCUUUUCCCUCUGCUAGCAUUUCUUGGUCUUCCAAGACUCGCCAAGCGUUUAUUUUUUCCAGUGUGGGGUUGCCUCUUUUCCUGGCUUCGGCCCUCCACCAAUAUACUUCGCUAAAAGCAACCGCGUCGAGACGCCAGGGUGCGGUACAGGCUAUGACACACACUGCGUCAUGAGACACAGUGCGGUACGCCCUCGCAACCCUGGCUGUGGUCACUCGCUGCGACUGCCUGAGAAUCGUGCGAUUGUGCCUGGGUAAGCUUGACGGCCCAUAUGGGUCACCUGUACAGUGCUUUCGCUCGGAUCGGAUUUGCGUAUAAGUGGCGACAUGUAAGAUCGUUAUAACUGACAUAGUCUCUCCCUACAUGGUGCGAAAAUGAACUUUGUUGGUGGUUGGUCUUUCCAAUCUUAAGGUUUCUUGACCAGCCUGAUCCUUGAAAUCUUUAAACCUGGUUGGUAUAAGCAGAAAAUACUUCGUUCCGCGUUUCAUUCACGUGUUCGCAAUUGAAAAGAAUCAAGACAAAUAAAAAUAUACAUAAAAAAAAACACAGCGCAACACUUUUAUUAAUAAGUUUAAUGAUUAUACAGCCGUAUCAAUUAAUAUAUAAAUUGUCAUUCUGAUACUUUUGUAAAUAUAUUCAAUGCAAGUUAUAGAAUUUUUUUUGUUUUAAUAUAUAUAAAUAUACUGUUAUUUUGUAUAUACGGUGACAGGGUGGAAUUGAAGAGUUGUUGGGAGUAUACGAUUGUAUAUUUACGCCUUUGUAUAUAUGAUGGAAUGGAUGCGUUGUUUAAAUCAUAAGACAGAUUUUUUGGAGAAACCAUAAUUGUUCUCAAUGGUACCUACACCUAGAAAAUAUCAAUAAAACUGACUUAGACAUGUGAUUUCUCUAUGGAUUUAAGAGAUUUGGAAACUACCCACAAUCCUAAAUAGCAUUAGGUGGGUAGAAUUGUAUUUCAGCUAAAACAAAACUUUUAUGUCUAUUACCAUCGCAUUGUAGUGAAUCUCUGAUUUUUGUUAAUACCUAUUAAUUAUUAAACUACUAUUUGUUGUAUAAUGAUAAUAUUUAUAUUUAAUGUAAAAAAAUAUAUUUUAUUAAAAUAAAUGUUAGUUAUGUUCAAUAGCAUACUAAAAACGUUAACAAAACACAGGACGCACUUCGCUGUAAUAUCUUAACUUUUUGCUUGUAUAACUUGAAAAAUAUAGUGAAGUUGAAUCAUUAAUAUUUCAAUGUAUGUAUAAUGUAUGUAUCUCAAAACACAAACUUAAACAUUGUCAAAAGUUCUUAAAUAAAUUAGACAGCUGAAAUAGAUUUUGGGUUGCUUUGCAUUCUUAGGUGUGGCCCUAAUGUUUAUUGUUCCUAAGACUCCGAAGGGAGAUUAAGCUCAAAGACUACCUUACGUCAAAAAUGUAUAAUAGCAUACUGGAGUCCAAAGUUCGAACUGAGUUAAGUUUCUGAAUAAACACUAAGAGAACGAAAAAUCAAAAUGUACGAGUCAAUACAAGGCCUAAUUUUGUUUUUGAUGCUUUAAGAGAUUCAGGAAAUCAUCUCUAGGCAAAGGUGCAGUAGCAGUUUCUGAAAUAAGCUCAAAAUCAAAAAGCACCUCUUAUAAUUUUGUUUAUGGCGUAGCACAAUUAUGUUUUUUACAUGUUUGUACCUAAAUGUAUUAGUGAAAUUAAAAGACUUUGAUGUGA